CCAGCCGAGGAGACGCGGGUUGCCUAGCUGGCGGGGCUCCCGGAGACGGGUGAGCUCGGUCUCCUCUGCGGCGGUAGCGCCUGGGGUCGUCGGUGUCUGUGUUUCCUGCCCACGGGUGACCGUCCUGGCGAGGAUGUCCCCCGCCCCAGGUGACUCGUCCCUCCGCAGGUGUCUGCCUGCACUGACCGCCUACUGGCCCGUAUAAUGGUGGACUUGCUGAUCGGACGGAGCCUAGUGACCCGCGAGGGCGCCGCGGUGGAGGCCGAGGUGGCGCUUCAGAACAAGGUGGUGGCGUUGUACUUCGCGGCGGGCCGGUGCCCACCCAGCCGCGACUUCACACCGCUGCUCUGCGACUUUUACACGGCGCUGGUGGACGAGGCGCGGCGGCCGGCGCCCUUUGAAGUGGUCUUCGUGUCGGUGGAUGGCAGCGCGCAGGAGAUGCUGGACUUCAUGCACGAGCUGCACGGCGCCUGGCUGGCCCUGCCCUUCCACGACCCCUACAGGCAAUCGCCUCGCACGGCCCUGGCACCGAGCAUUUCUUGGGCUUGUUGGGUGUGGGUCCGGGGCCACCCGCCCUGGGGCUCGGGAAUCUGCAUUCCUGAGGGCCCCUGCUACCGGGCGUGCGGACACUGCCCUGCGUCUGGGAGCAGGCGGAGGUGCCCCAGAGGUCGGAGCUGUGACUAGCGCCUACAGCACAGUGGUUGUGGGGUGUGCUGGGGGAAUGAGAGGAGCCAAGGAUGGAGAAACAGGUGCUUCCCGUUUUCACGAUCUCGUUUCUUAACCUCAGCGAUUAAAUUUUUUUUCAUUCUUUUUUCUUGUCUUUUCUUUUCAUUACUCGGGGUCAAACUCAGGACUUGUCAGGCAGGGCAAUGCCGCUGAGCUACAGCCCCAGCCCCGACAGUGAUGGAAUUUCUUAACUGUACAGGUGUAAAAUUCAUUACUGUAAACCUGGAAAGACGCAGGUGGGUGGGGCUUGGCAGAGCUGCCAGAGAGGAGAGCUGAGCCUUCUGUCUCCUUAAUGUGGGGACUGCACCACUGCUGCCCGGAGGCAUUGUCUCAGGAUGAGGUGCCAUCUUCCCCGUGCUCCCUCCCUUGUGGGUCAUGCUCAUAUCAUAGCAGUCAGAGAGGAUAGCAGUCUGCUCUCUGAAGGGAGCUGGUCUGGCGUGGUCCGGGCCCUUGUGAUGGAGCUUCAGCUCCCUGCUGGACCUCAGUUUGUGAAUGAGCUGCCAGCUGAGGUUGACGCUGCAGUCCGUGGCUGGGGAUUAGCGGGUGGAAUAUGGCAGGGAUGUUGAUGGUUGGGGCUGGGGUGGGGUCUCCUGCACUGGAGUACAGAGUGAGGUUUAAAUCACACUUCUCAAGGACACUGUCCGUGCCCCGUUUCCUAGAGCAGAUGUGAUUCUCUGGGUAUUGCUUGAAGUCAGCCUCAGGCUUAUUUAGUUAUGGUGUUACCUCCAACAUUCAUUACUGUAAGAUGACUUUUUUUUUCUGGAGAAGGAAAAGGAGAAGUUUAGGUUCAGAAGGGGCGCUGCUCUACCUGAGAGGUGCGUGAGGCUUCAAACCAUGAAGAUCAAAGUCUUAUGACAAUAAGUCUAAAAUGGUGCUGAUGAACUUUGCAUAAGGGCUCAUUAGAACAUCACUUCAAGGGGUGCGUUUUAAAAUCUGAUUCAGUUCUAUGGCACUCGACUUAUGCUCAGCUUUUGAGAGGACAGGCUUGUUUUGAAGGUGAGAUGUGCGGGUUUGGUAAUUAGGCAGGGAGCUGGGCUCCUGGGAGAGCCAGCCCUGGGAGUCCCCCAGGGAGGCAGGCAGGUGUUUCAUAUUUCAGCACCUGGUUGUCUGGUGAUUGUCCUGGGGUUGACCUGGCUGUGAAAGGGCUCGUGGCAGUGUGGGCUCAUGAUGGAUCCACACUCUGUGGUCUUUUGCCCAUUUUAAAGAUGUGCCACUGAGGUGCAAAGUCCAGUUAGUUCUCCUGACACUGGGGCCAUCUUGCUGUCCUGGGCCAUUUCUCUGAGGGCACAGUGAGCCUCAGACUCCUGGGGCACAGGGAUUUCUCAGGAAGCGCAUCAUUUUCAAGUCCAUGCAGAAUUCUUUCUCCCUGUUUGUGCUCCAGCUGGGGGCAGAUGAGCCACUCCCUGCGCUGGUGCAGUCCUCUCCCGCUCCCCUUUGUCCUCUGAGGGAAUUUUCUUUUUGUGAACUUAACUCUUUGUCUCCAUACUGUUCUGGUCGGAACCUCAUUAACUCUGUUAGUGCCAUUUGUGAACUAAAAGUGGGAUAUUCUGUGACGCCAUGGGACCUACACCCUAAACUGUGCUUGUCCCAAGCCUGAUUUAUGAAAUCAGAUCAUGAGUAAAAUGGAAAGGGAAACCACCAAGAAGAACAAAAAAAGGCAUGAAGCAUUCAGGAGGCGUUUGAGGCAGUUGUCAAUGUGUGAUGUACAUGGUACUUUGUGGUUAGUGCCACAGAAAGGAGGACCUGGGACACUGAUGUCAUGAGAGUCGUCCCAUGAGUAGGGAAGGGACCCCUGUACUGGCUUUCCCGAGAGCUAUGAGCUUGUCACCUGCUGUCCCCUGGAGAACCACCAGAGUAGAAGGAGAGAGAGAGGAGAAAAUCUGUCUCUACCAAAAUCACCAUGGGCACCCAUGGGCUACCUCUGCAGUGGCGGGAGUCAGGUGAUGGCUGUGGUGUUUCUGCAGGGAGAAGCUGCUCAGACCCCUCCACCUCAGGGUUAUUGCAAGGGCUUUCUAGUGCAGUCCUUGUCCCCUGCCCUAUCACAGCAGCACACACUGCCUUCACCAGAGAGGCAGCUGUUUAUUACUAGUGUCCUUGAAACUAGAGGGAUGGGGCUUGGCAGAGCUGCCAGAGAGGAGGGCUGAGCCUUCUGUCCCCUUCAUGUGGGGACUGCACCACUGCUGCCCGGAGGCAUUGUCUCAGGAUGAGGUGCCAUCUUCCCCGUCCUCCUUCCCUUGUGGGUCAUGCGCAUAUCAUCUGUCCAAGAAGGAAGGAACAGGUUCUGAACUCGCUAGCAGUGGUUCUUGCUAUGGGAUGCUGUUUGUGAGACUCUGUGGUGCUUUUAUAAUGACUAUCUUAUAACAGUGCUGGUUCCCACUCAGCCUUGACCUACAACGUCAGCAGACCAGAGAGGCCUGGAGGUGCCUCCCUCUCCUCUUUGUGCCUGCUCAGCCUCUUGCCCCUGCUUCCUAGGUUGGGGCGGGGUAUGGGGGACCCUCACAUUCCAGGCUGAUGAUUUGGCUGUGAUGGUAAAGAAAACCAGCUGGAGCUUCCUGUUGUGGAUAGAGAAUGGCUUGGGGGAGUCAUCAGCUGGGAGAAACCAGUGCCUAUGUGGACAGUUCUUGGUUUUGUCUCUGCCAUUUGGCUCUUUCCAGUCCUGUGUUCCAGCUGCCUCCUUGGCCUUCCAUACUCAACACAUCCGUGGACUCCAAGGAUCCUGAAUCUUUUUCUGUCUUUCUGUUCAUUAACAGUCCAGUGAGAUGUUGGGCUGACUGCUGAGAAGGUUCCCAUAGGUGGUCUCCCAGAUCCCAGUGUCCCUGUCCAGUUGGUUCUUAGUUCUAGACAGCUCUAGUCUUGCAGUGCUGUGCCCUCC